AUGAAGAUCGCAGCGGCGAGCCCUGUCAACGAUGGCAAGCAGGUUGACAUUGAGUUUGCCGACAACACAGCGUACAGAUUCCACACGGCGUGGAUCAAGGACUCUCAUCCGAGCCUCAUCGGUAACGACUUCUACCGCAAGUCGGCCAAGACGCUUUUUGAGAGCGAUCAGUACACCGUCGACAACGCCCUUCCUACGUCGGAUGGUUCGAAGCUGCAGGUUCACUUCAAGAACGGCCACGUGGACAAUGCCGUGACGGAGGAGUAUGUAUCAACUUGGCUACAUGCCUUCGCUCCCUAUGUCGGACAGCCCCUGAACGAGAAGGCGCAGCCCAAGAGCGGCAGGGAGGGCCUUGCAGGGACCGGCUCUCUCCUGGAUGACCUGUACCAGAACAGGAACCCCUGGGACGGAAGCCUGAAGAUUCCCCGAUUCGAUGGAGAGAGGAUGAAGGAGGACGAGGACAUGCAGAUCGAGUUCUUGGAGAGGAUGAUGGAUCCAGGUGUGGCUGUCAUCGAGAAUGUGGGUAAGCCAGACAGCUUCGACCACGAAGACUGCGGCAAGCCGUUGGAGGACUUUGUUGGCAGCAUCAUCGGCCGGCUCAAUCAGCAUCCGGUGCGAUCGACACGCUUCGGCGUCAUCCAUACACAGGCCAGAGGAGAGCAAGCCGGCGCCGAUUAUGACCAAAAGAACCCGUUGUCGAUGCACACGGAUCAUUCUCCGUACCACGGUACGCCGGGCUAUCUGCAGUUUAUGUUCCAGGCGCGAGGUUCGGUAACAUCCAAAGUCGUCGAUGGCCUGAUGGUGGCGGAGCACCUCCGCCAGAACCAUCCGGACGACUAUGAUCUGCUGUGCAAGGUCAACGUUACCCACAGCUCCAGGAACAACAUCUACGCCAAGAGCGGGGUCUACUGCCGGGAUGCUGAAGAUCAGGAGCCCUUCUCCUUCGAGCUCGUUCACACGCACCCGAUCUUGACACUCGACAAGGACGGAAGGCUUGAGAAGGUGGUUCAGUCGGAAACAAAGCGCGGUGUGUCCGCCCUGCCAUUCGAUGUCUAUGACAGAUAUAUGACGGCCUACAAACGCUGGACGUCGCUGCUGGAGGAGCCGAGAUUCAAGUGCAACUUUGACUGGCCGGAACAUUCCAUGGUGGUCAUGAACAACUGGCGUGUCCUCCACGCGCGGGCUCAGGUGCCCCCUGGCAUGCAGCGAACGAUGGUCUUCGCCUACAUCCAGAAGACCAUCUACGAGAAUCGCCAUCGGCUGCUGAAGCAGCGGCAGGCAGAGCGUAAGAACCCCGACGUCAACGACAAGUGGCUGACACGACUUCCCAACCAAGUGCUGCAACUCGGCCCAUGCAUCUUCGUACUGGAUCCGAGACUGCCGGGGCAGUGCCUUUACGGAGGUGACACUGAUUUCAGUUCCCUUUUCAAGAAGGAGUGCCUGAAGUGCAUGCAGACUCUCCGCUACCAUGGGCAGAAGCAGGCUGAUGGCUCAACUGUCUGGAAGCCGUCGUGUGCGGAUGUGCUCACGGCGAUCGUGACUGCUCAGAGAGUUCUUCACGAGAAGCCACAAGCCUAUCGGGUCACAAGGAUUGGCGAGUGGACACUGCGUAUCGCGGUGCAACGCCUCUUCCGAGGCACCAGCAACAUCCUCUUGGUUCCCCUGGCCGUGGCAGCCUUCUUCGCUUCCUUGGCCUUCCUGGGGUCAAGUGACGGAGCAUGGCAUGCGCAAGCAGGGCCCGAUCUUCCCCAGAGUCGAGGGUCUGCAGGGGGAUUUCUAGGCCCCUGGAUCUACACGGCUCGCCUCGAGGACGACUUGGCGCUGCGCUUGGCAGCUUAUGCCUUGGAUCUGGAAGCCCAAAGUGGCGGCAGAGUCGUCAGUAAUCGUGGGGGCUGGCAAAGUCUGGAUCUUGUCGGACAGCAACAUGAUGCACUGGUACACCUGGUGGCUGCUACACAGAGCCAUUUCGCCCGCUUCGUGCAUGGCCUCAACCAAGGCAGCGCCCCUCAAGCACUGGGGGCAGCUGAUUUGGCCGUUCACGGUGUAGCGGACCAGCUGUGGGCGAAUAUCAAUCGCCCUGGCGACUUCAACGAGCGCCACGACCAUGGCUCCUCCAGUGCGUCUUUGGUAGCUUCAGGCGUGCUCUACGCAACAGCCUCGUCUUCACCAUUAAGGCUUUUCACGUACGAGGACGAGGUCGUGGAGAUCUCGCCCGAGCUUGGAACUUUGGUGUUGUUCCCACCUGAUAUGGAACAUGAAGUGGUCCCUGUUGGCAGCGGCGAAGUGCAGCGGAUCUCGUUUGCCUUCAACCUGCGCGUUCGUUGGCUGCCCAGCCCCUGGCACCGUGCUGCCUGCGGUCUGAAGGAGGUCACUCUCGAAGGCGCUGCCGAUGCCGUCGAUCCAGUCUUAGGUUUCAGCCCUUUGCACGUGGCUGCCGAAUCUGGACAUCUAGGGAUGGUCCAGAAGCUUCUGCCACAAACGGAAGAUCCGCUGGCCAAGUCCUUCGAAGGCUGGUCAGCUUUGGGUUUGGCCGCCGAUCGAGGGCAUCUCGCCGUGGUCCAGCAGCUCCUCGCGACGUCCUCGGCAUCGCAGGGCGUCGUGGAGCGAAAGGCCACUGCUUCGGCUAUGCCUGCGAUGGUGCAGACCGGCUAUGCAACUGUAGAGGAGUCGCUGGUGGUGGCGGCACGACGCGGUCACAGAUCGAUCGUAGACCUGCUGCUGGCGGAACUUUCCACUGGGAAUCUGACCGAGCCUCUUUCUACAUCGUCGGCUGCUGGCGAGGACGAGAUCGUCAGCCUCCUCCUCCACAGGCGAGCAGAUCCGAACGCGAAGCUUCGGGGGAGGAGUCCUCUCCAUGAAGCUGCUGGCGCUGGACAUACCAAGGUCAUGGCAUCCUUGCUGGAGGCCGGUGCCGAGACAGAGUGCCGCGACGAGUACUCGGCCUGCCCCUUGCACGAGGCCUCUGCCAAAGGCCAUCUCGGCUCUGUUCGGCUGCUCCUUGCUGCGCGUGCAGAGGCUAACGCUGCCGAUCGGUCGGCCACCACGCCACUCCACUGGGCUUCAGAGCGCAACCAUACAGAGAUACUGCAAGAGCUCCGAGCUGCUGGCAGUGACACGGAAGCUCUGGAUGAACGCGGGGCCCGGCCUCUGCACUGGGCUGCAAGAUCGGGACACGCCACAGUUGUGACGCAGUUGCUGCAGCAGGGUGCAGACAUUCAGCCGGCGAAGGUCUACACUAUACCAUCUCCGAGUUGGGAGUUUCGAGUGAUCGCUAUGAGGAGUGGUACUUUCUGGUCGCGCGAUCGGUUUGCCAGGUUCGUUUCAAGCCGAGCUGGUGGUAUAGUUCAGGCAGCUCCUGCAGCAGAUACUGCUAGCACAGAGUACCACGCAGCUGCGGCUGAAGGUCAUGUCGGAGUAGCAGAGGCACUACGUCGUCAUGGCGCUGCAAGCGAUAUGCGCGAUCAGGAGGGGGCGAUGCCAUUGCAUUGGGCGGCUGCCAACGGUCACGUAGACAUGGUGCAGCAUCUGGUAGAUGUGGGCAGCACGCCGAACUCUUUCGACUGGGCAGAGAGCAGUGUGCUUCACGAUGCCGUUUGGGGAGGUCAUGAUCAGGUCGUCGAGCUUUUGCUCCGAGUCCGUGCAGAAGCCGAUGCCACCGACGUGAACGGCCAAGCAGCGAUUCACAUCGCUGCUUCUUUGGGCAUGGAGAACAUAGUGGAGACUUUGUUGGCUGCAGGUUCGUCUACAGCUCUCGUGGAUCGGGCUGAGCUGUCCGAGGAGGAGAAGAAAGCCGUUCGCGCAAAGCGGUGGGGCCUGGCGGCUGACGCGGGAACGUCUGCGGCUCCAACGUCAACGGAGACGGAAGAGAAGCUCGCGGCACGGGCGAAGCGCUGGGGCCUACCGGAAACGCCCGAAAAGGAGGACGAGUCGGCGAAGCUCACCGCCAGGGCAAAGCGGUGGGGACUCUCCGAGACGCGCGCUGCACCCACAAAGCGGCUUCCGGACUCUGUCAGUGAGGCAAAGAACGACCUGGAGGCCUUCUUGCAGAAAAAGGCAGCGAAGAACGGCCGUGUGCUGCCGGCCUACCCAAGCGAAAGGCGAAGGGGCCCGGGGCCUCCACAACGCGGCACCAAGCGCGCAGCCGCUGAGACCAGUGCCCCAGCCGAUCCGGAGGAAGAGCAAAAACGAAAGCAACGUGCAGAACGCUUUGCCAUGAAGAAGUGA